AGCGGGCCGCGGCGCAGCCUGCAAACCCCGGCGGCGAGUGGGGAUGGCGGCGACGGCGGCGACGGCGGGCAGGCUACUGCGGCUCCGCGCGGCCGGGGCCGAGGGACACUGGCGUCGGCUGCGUGGCGCGGGGCUGCCGCGGGGCUUCCUGCAGCCCGCGUCGGCCGACGGGGAUGCGGCCCAGAGGCGGCAGGUGGCUCACUUCACUUUCCAGCCUGACCCGGAGCCACUGGAGUACGGGCAAACUCAGAAAAUGAAUCUCUUCCAGGCAGUAACAAGUGCCUUAGAUAACUCAUUGGCCAAAGAUCCUACUGCAGUAAUAUUUGGUGAAGAUGUUGCCUUUGGUGGAGUCUUUAGAUGUACUGUUGGCUUGCGAGACAAGUAUGGUAAAGAUAGAGUUUUUAAUACCCCAUUGUGUGAACAAGGAAUUGUUGGAUUUGGAAUUGGAAUUGCAGUCACUGGUGCUACCGCCAUUGCAGAAAUUCAGUUUGCAGAUUAUAUUUUCCCUGCUUUUGAUCAGAUUGUUAAUGAAGCCGCCAAGUAUCGCUAUCGCUCUGGGGAUCUUUUUAAUUGUGGAAGCCUCACCAUCCGGUCCCCUUGGGGCUGUGUCGGCCAUGGGGCUCUCUAUCAUUCCCAGAGUCCUGAAGCUUUUUUUGCCCACUGCCCAGGAAUCAAGGUGGUUAUACCCAGAAGCCCUUUCCAGGCCAAGGGACUUCUUUUGUCAUGCAUAGAGGAUAAAAAUCCUUGUAUAUUUUUUGAACCUAAAAUACUUUACAGGGCAGCAGUGGAACAGGUUCCCAUAGAACCUUACAACAUCCCCCUGUCCCAGGCCGAAGUCAUCCAAGAAGGGAGUGAUGUCACUCUAGUUGCCUGGGGCACUCAGGUUCAUGUGAUCCGAGAGGUGGCUUCCAUGGCUCAAGAGAAGCUUGGAGUGUCUUGUGAGGUCAUUGAUCUGAGGACUAUAAUACCUUGGGAUGUGGAUACAGUUUGCAAGUCUGUGAUCAAAACAGGGCGACUGCUAGUUAGUCACGAGGCUCCCUUGACGGGCGGCUUUGCCUCUGAGAUCAGCUCGACGGUUCAGGAAGAAUGUUUCCUGAACCUGGAGGCUCCUAUAUCAAGGGUAUGUGGAUACGACACGCCGUUCCCUCACAUUUUUGAGCCGUUCUACAUCCCAGACAAAUGGAAGUGCUAUGACGCCCUUCGGAAAAUGAUCAACUAUUGAUUACAGAAAAACCGGAAGAUUAGGACUAGAUACGGAAAUAUUUUUCUGAAUUUUUUUAUAUUUCCUCUUCUUGAAAAUAGAGUUUUUAUGAAAUGAACCGACUUGGAUAUUGGCUGAAAAAUGAUGAAUUAAUUAUUGUAUUCACACAUAUGAAUUGAUCAUUUCCAUUAAGAGUCAUUUCAGAUUAAUUUUUAAAAAUAUUCUGCAUGGUAGGCUUAUAAAUUCCAUUUAAUUGUGUCUGUAAAUAUUGGAUGUGGGAUACUAUUCAAUAAAGCAAAAAUCAGACUGUC